CAGGAGUUUAAAGGGCAGAGUUGUAAAAACUCCCAGGCAGUGGGGAGUCGGAUUGCCUGACGACAGACUCCAAAAAAACAACACGGUUCCUGUUGACUGGAAUAAUCUUGUCCAUAACUGUUAGCUAGGAACCGAAGAGGAGAGGAAAGCACGGGCGUUUAAUGAGCGCGAGAGGAUUUUCCUGUGUUACAGCAAGCGUUUCUCGUCCACCAGCACUUCUGGGUCCCCACUGAACACCGCACAGACAAACAGCUAUGCAGCUCGAAAUCCAAGUAGCGCUGAACUUCAUCAUUUCGUACCUGUACAACAAACUCCCGCGGCGGCGAGUCAACAUCUUCGGCGAGGAGCUGGAGAGGCAGCUGAAGAAGAAAUACGAAGGACACUGGUACCCCAACAAGCCAUACAAAGGAUCCGGGUUCAGGUGCAUCCACGUGGGCGAGAAGGUGGAUCCGGUGGUGGAGGAAGCAGCCAAAGAAAGCGGGCUGGACAUCGAGGACGUCCGCAACAACUUGCCUCAGGACCUCAGCGUUUGGAUCGACCCUUUCGAGGUGUCCUACCAGAUUGGGGAAAAGGGAGCGGUUAAGGUGCUAUACGUGGACGAUAGCGGCGAGAACGGCUCCGAGCUGGAUAAGGAGAUCAGAAACAGUUUUAACCCGGAGGCUCAGGUCUUCAUGCCAAUCAGUGACCCGGUGGGUGUCUCGUCUGAGUCCAGUUCGCCGUCGCCGCCACCGUUUGGCCAGUCGGCGGCCGUCAGCCCGUCCUUCAUGCCGCGCUCCACCCAGCCUUUAACCUUCACCACAGCCUCGUUCGCCGCCACCAAAUUCGGCUCCACCAAGAUGAAGAACAGCAGCCGCAAUGGCGGCAAAGUUGCACGCAGCUCUCCCACCAACCUGGGCCUGAAUGUCAACAGCCUCCUCAAGCAGAAAGCCAUCUCCGGCUCCGUGCAUUCGCUCUACGGAUUCGGUCUGGGAGCUUCGCCUCCGCAGCAGAAAGCGUCUGCGCUCUCGCCUAACGCCAAGGAGUUCGUGUUCCCCAACCUCCAAGGCCAAGGGAGCUCCGGAGACGCCAUGUUCCCGAGUGAGAACCCCCUCAGCCCUCUGCAGUACAGCAAUGCCUUCGACGUGUUCGCGGCCUACGGGAGCAUCAACGACAAGUCACUCAUGGAUGGCUUAAACUUAAGUCUCGGCAACAUGCAGUAUUCAAACCAGCAAUUCCAGCCGGUCAUGGCUAACUGAUGUUCGGAUGAUUGUUGGCAAAAGGAAAACGAAAGGCAAAGACGCACAACUGUGGAUUUGGAAACCAAGAUCCCUGUUAGUCACUGAUAAGCGCAUGUGCCCAAGGGUGUUUGUUUCACACUCUUUGAUUAUUUUCUCCCUUCGAUCUUUCUCUGCCCCCUUGAGUUUGUACUAAAAAGCUUGUUACUUGCACACAGACACACACACAGGUUUGUUUUUGUGAAAAGUGGGGACUCUCCAUAGGCGUAAUG